UCGGUUGGCCAGUCGUACGGUGGGUGAAGCAGCGUCAGAAGACAAAGCGUCUCUCGCGCCAGCUGACGGAGCCCGCGGGGCCUGCCGAGAAGGAACAUCGCACCGGGAUGGAGGCACUGCGCGGCGACAGCGACAGGGUGCCGAGAUCAGCAGCUACAACCGCCGGCGUGUACAAUACCACCACGUGUGAGGAUGACCGGGCCGACGGUGGUGCCACGGUCACGUGGAGCCGUUGCAAGGAGCUGCUGCUCGACUUUCACCUCAACUCCGACCGGAUAUUCUACCGGAUCGGACUCAGCAUAGCCACAAAGCCAUGGCUUUGGCUGAUAAUAUCACUUUGCCUGAACGUCAUCUGCGGCUUCGGACUGUUGCUCUGGAAGGAGAAGGUCAACGAGGUCGAGCUUUACAUGCCGAUCGGCUCCGUGUUCCGCAAGGACGCCGCCUGGGUGAAGGAACACUUCCGGGACGAUCUUAGGCACGAGAUCAUCAUCGUCACCGCCCCGAACGUGCUGGACCCCGAAGUGCUGCGAUCGAUCCAAGAUAUCGAGAGAGACGUGAAGAGCAUAGUGGUUCACAAUGACACUUGGAAGGACGUAUGCGCCGGGCACUUCACGUGGUUUCAGCAGGACGCCACGUGGGAAACCAUGGACAAGAGCGAGUUUCCCGAUGAGUAUCUAUUUAUUAUAAACGACACGAUGUCGAAAGACGCGUGUAUUUACAAGUCGCUUUUGAAGCUGUGGCAGAAGGACGGGGCGAAGGAUGUCGGCAUGUUGACGAAGAAGGAGAUACUGCGCGACGUCACCGUAGCUAUGCAGAAUAAACACGCGAAGGACAUCUUGUCGGACAUCGCGCCGCUGCUGGCGGACGUCGAAUACGACGAGAACGGCUGGGUGAAAGGCGCGCGGGCGACGAUCAUGUACUGGAUGCUGAAGAAGUCGAAUCCUCGCUCGCCGGACUGGGAGGUCGAGUUCAUCGAACGGGUGCUGUACUCGAACCGCACCCUGCCGCCCGGGAUGGAGAUCUACGCGGUGACGUCGCGCAGCUACCACGACAUGCUGCACCAGGUGAUCAACAGUAACAUGACCGUGCUGUUCUGCGGCAUGUCGCUGAUCACGAUCUACGUGAUCGUGAUGAUCGGCCGGUGCAACGUGGUGCAGCAGCGGAUCUACCUGUCGCUCAUGGGCAUCUCCGUGGUCGGGCAAGCCCUCCUGUCGUCCUACGGCCUCUGCUACUACAUGGGCUUCUUCUACGGGCCGGUGCACCCGAUCCUGCCGUUCCUGCUGCUCGGCAUCGGCGUCGACGACAUGUUCGUCAUAAUGCAGAGCCUGGAGACCAUGUCGGCGAAGGACAAGUCAUCGGGCAUAGCCGAGCGCAUCGCGAAAGCCAUUCAAGUAUCAGGUAUGUCCAUCACCGUGACGUCGCUCACCAACAUGGUGGCCUUCGGCAUCGGCAUGACGACGGUGAUGCCGUUCCUCAAGUCCUUCUGCAUGUUCGCGGCCACGGGGAUACUGUUCCUCUACGUCUACGAGAUCAUGUUCUUCGUCAGCUGCCUGGUGUACGACGAGAGAAGGCUGGCCGCGAAGAAGGACGGCUGCUGCUGCCGGCCGCAGCGGCCGGACUGGCAAGCGAACGAGUGCAGCAAACGGGACUUCCAGCGUAUCAUGUUCGAGAAGUACGUCGGCCCGUGCGUGACGAGGACGUGGGUGAAGACGAUCGUUCUGCUACUCACCGCCGGCCUGCUGUGCGUCAACGUGUGGGCGAUCUUCCAGGUGGAGCAGAACUUCGACCCGCUCAUGUACUUAAACCAGGAGUCCUAUCCGAUACGGUUCAACAACAAGCUGAAGGAGCACUUCCCGCGCUACGGCAAGAACGUCAACAUCUACCUGUCCGGCGUGGACUACUACGAGGACCGUCAGACGCUCGCCCAGCUGGUGGACAACCUCAGGCGGAACCCCUACGUGAACAACCGCACCCUCGAGCCGUGGUUCGUCGCCUACGAGAAGUGGCUCAACACCACUCACAAAGCGGAAUAUAUCGUGGACAGGGAAGAGUAUUACAAUACCCUCACGGAAUACCUGCUGCUGACGGUGGAGGGUCAAGCGUACAUCCAGGACAUCAAGUUCGACAAGCUUCCGUUCAACGAGUACAACAUCACGACCUCGCAGAUCCCGGUGCAACAUAUCCCCAUGAGCACGACGUCCGAUCAGAUACGAGCCAUGCAGUCGGUCCGUGACGCCGUGAUGUCGCUGAACUUCACCCACGACCAUAUCGCGAUUCAUUCGAUAGAUUACGUGACGUGGGCGUCGAACAAGAUCAUCGGCGAGGAACUGAUCAGGAACCUGAGCCUGGAGAUAGUGGCGGUCGGGAUAGUGACGCUGGUGCUGCUGAGGAAUCUACUGGCAUCGUUCUGGGUGAUGUGCUGCGUGCUGUUCACGCUCGUCGAUCUCCUAGGCUCGAUGUACUUCAUGGGCCUGACCGUCGAGAUCUCGUCGACCAUCAUGGUCUUGCUGUGCGCCGGUCUCGCGGUCGACUACGCCGCGCACAUCGGUCUGGAGUUCAUACGCUCCAGCGGCACUAAGCAGGAACGUGCGGUUACGACGCUGAGCGUCAUCGGGCCGGCCGUCCUCAACGGUGGCUUGAGCACGUUCCUCGCCUUCGUCCUGCUGGGUUUCAGCCAGGCUUACGUCUUCAAGGCCUUCUUCAGGUUGUUCUCGUCCGUGGUGCUAUUCGGUUUGUUCCACGGCUUGCUGUUUUUGCCGGUGAUACUGAGCUUGGCGGGGCCAGGCGAGAGGAAGCAGAACAGCCUGGAGAAGGGGCAGAGUAUGCAAUAUCACAACGGCUACUAUACCGUCCGUCUGUCCCAAAACGGAAAAGAUAUAGAGGACACGCUUGCUAAAUGACAUUUAGCGACACUCCAAGAGGCUGCUUAGGUAAACAAAUAUUCCUGUAGGUAAUUCUAGCGUCGG